UUGGCCCGCGAUGUGAUGUUAUCACUUGUUAUCUCGAAGUGUCAUCCUAGUUCGAACUCUGUAGACGAGCUUUGCAGGAAUGAGGUGAGGGAAGAACCAGUGGAUUCAUCCAUGAAUUUGCAUGGAAUCACUCAAACUAUAGAAACAACGACAACAGCAUUCGACUCUUUCAGUACCUGUCGGUCCUCACAACCUCUUCACUGUCGUGUUCACUACCUGCGGAGCCAAGCGAAACCUUCCAUCCCCAUUCACAGAUAUGGCCGUGGAAGUGAUUUAAAUCUUCUUCUGUUCGCUCCACAAGCUUUCUUGCGCAGUUCCAAGAAAAGGGCUGAGAGAAACGGUUAUACCCUUUUGAAGGCAAGUCGUAGAGAGUCCCCAUCUGAAGUGUUGGGCGUAUCGCCCACUGCAACGCCUGAAGAGAUUAAGAGAGCUUAUAGAAAGCUUGCUCUCAGGUACCAUCCUGAUGUUAACAAGGAGGCAAAUGCUCGGGAGAAAUUUGUGAGGAUAAAACAUGCAUACAAUACAUUAUUGACCUCAGAAUCAUGGCAGAGAUACGACUAUGGAAAUAGUGGAUCCAGUUAUUCCAACUCCGCAGUUCAAAUAAAUCAAGAUGAGGAGGAGUUCUAUGGUUUUGGUAAUUUUCUGAGGGAUGUUCAAAUAACAAUAGGGGACUUCUUUAGAGACCUCCAAGUAGAAUUCCGUAACUGGGAAGCUAAUGUUGGUUCACAAGGGAAGCCAAAGGGCUUAUGGGAGGAGUUGACGGACACUGGCGAAGAAUUUGUGGAAUUUCUAGAGAAAGAGCUGAACGUCACUGAUCCUGAAGCUGGAAACGAUGAAACACCUCCCAGUAGUGUUCCAUAUUCAAAAUCCAGGUCAGAUGGUAGGGGAGAUGAACAAAACAGAGCAGGCAACAAGAAUAGCAUUGAGGACCAUAUCAUUGAGAUUGAAGCCACUCUUGCUCAGUUGAAAAACGAAUUAGGGCUAUAGGGAAAUGUGGUACUUUCUGUUGUAUGUUUGUUGAGACAAAAGAGAAUACUGGUGAAAAUGGCAAAAGAGCUUAUGUGCAAAACUAGUUUCUGCAUCAUGUUGGAGCA